AUGUCAAGAUAUGAAACAUUCACUGGAGCUAAGAUACAAUGCCUUAUUACGGCCGUCCUAGCAAGAAUUUGUGACCGUAUUGAGCCGGUCUGUUCACAGUGCAUAAGGGCGGGGAAGCCAUGUGGUGGCUACCGUGACAUCCCGGCCUUGUUGUUUCGUGACGAAACAGACAAGGCGGCCCGAAGGUCCGCAACCGCCAAAUCUAGAGCUGGAGAGCGUCGAAAGGUCCCGGUCGCUCCAGAAAUCUCAGACUCGCCUUCAAGCUCUGAAGAAGAUUUGAAGGCUGUAGCGCAGCGGCGGAAACCUAAUGUGGCACGGGAACCCACGAUUCCCUUAGCAGUUCCUAUUAGUGUGGAAGAUCGGGGUUUGACGUUUUUUUGCUCUCAAUUUGUGACGGCCACUUCGGCGGCAAUGGAGGGGCCUUUUGUUUUGUCGAAAUCAUGCUUCCUAAGCACAGUAUCUGUUGAGUUGCCCUUUCGAGAUGCAGUUGUAUCGGUUGGGCUUGCCGCGCUAUCCAAUGUCACUCGGGAUCGAUCACUUCGGCUAGUGGCGAGGGAAAAGUAUGCGGGAUCGCUUAAUGCCGUGCGUCGGGCUGUGGAGAAUCCACUUCAAGCCAGACCGGAUCAAACCUUAAAGAUCAUCCUAAUGAUAGGUUUAUAUGAGAUGGUUUGCUGCAAUUCAAGUCAGCUUGACGCAUGGACAGUGCAUUUAGAUGGGGCUGCAGCCCUGCUCAAGCAGGCAACAUUUGGCAAAGCGAUCAAAGCCCGUGAUCCGCGCGCCCGAUUGCAGUUCUUCUAUUUUUCCAUGGUCAAAUACAUUCACACCCAAAAACCACUGCCUGCCGAAUUUUCAAAUUUCAACAGUCAGACGCUUCAAUCUUCAAAUCCUGAUGAAUCCCCGGCCAUCGGCCUUGUUGGCAUCCUGGUGCGGGUCAUGAAGUUCCACUCUACUUGCAGUGACCCAGGCUCCGAUCCUCAGAUAGGAGUGCGGACAGCACUUGCUUUUGAUAAGGAGCUAGAAGAAUGGGAAAGGCGCCUCCCACAUAAAUGGGAAUUCUUUGUUAAAACCUCCAGCGACACGCAGCACACCUUCUACGGGAAGCAUAUGACAUAUAAUGAUGUUUGGGCAUCGAGAGACCUCAACUACUAUUUUUGGGGACGAUUGAUCGUCAAUGAGAUGGUGUUGAACAAUAUCGCCCAAUUGGCCAGGAGUGGGCUCUUGAAAGUUCACCAUCUCCAACAGCGACAGCGAGCACUUGACAUGGUAUCGCACUUGGCGACAUGUAUCUGCGCUGGUGCCGCGACUCAAGUGGGUGGUUGGGGAAAUGGAAUCCCACUCAAAGAACAGGCUCGUGUUCCUCCCUUAAAUGGUGUCUUCAUGUUGAUGUUUCCGUUGACAAUUGCUGGUGGCUCGGCUGCUGCUCCAGAUGAAGUGCACGAGUGGGUGGUGCAGAAGCUCCAGUCAAUUGGGUCAAGGAUGGGAAUCCAGAGAGCCAUAGAGCUGGUACCAAGAAUCCAGAGAAUGAGGGCUUGGAAUUCCCAGUUGAUCAGUAUGGAACCAGAAGAAGUAUAG